AGGAAGUCCGAGAAUCUGACAUUAUAAAAUUUACUUACUUUUAGUUGUACGUGAAAAUAUUUGUUGCAAGUUGGCCUCGUAUAACUUAGGCAUUAAAUGAGUAAAAACCCGACUGUAUUUACCGAAACCUGUAAAGUAGGAGCAGACAAACUAACUGACAUUGUUGUGGAUUCCCAAUCUUCACUGCCGAUGACACAUAGGCCAACUGCCAGAAUGGCCAAAUUGUUAAGCCGCACUCGCCUUGUUAGCUACCUGCCGGGUCUGAAGUCACUUCAGCAGCGAGCGGCUCUCGUCUGCGCACCCAGAGCAGGCUUCUCAUGCAGCAGUGCCGGAAACGAACCUAACGCUGAAGAUGUCCAGUUUGAGGCGCGUUCGUCGGGCAUUUCCGAUGCCGAUCUGGGACCACUGGGCCCACCCAACCACCAGUUCCCUCUGCCCGGCAACACGGGGUUGGCAUCACAGGCUAAUGCCUCGUUUGUCCCGGUAGCCCGCGAGGCGGUUCCCGACAUCCUCACCAAAGCUCUUCCGCAGGACCGCCAUGCCAGCAUUCUUGCUCAGUUUGUGAACACUGUUUCUGAGGAGCAUGACCUCCCAGGAGCGAAGACAGACAAGGAGUCCUUCAAGAACCAUCCUCAGGCCCUUGAAUGCAUCGCCCAAGACUGCCCAGAAAACCUCAGGAAAGAAUUCCUGGGCUUGUUUCCGGGGGUACAGAUGGGGAGUUCCGACAAGUUGACCGUGGUGACUCUCUGCCAGAGGACAAAGAACAACAUGACGGGUUGGAGCAAUGAAGUGGAGGAGGAAAGAAACGAACUCAUGGACAAUUUUUUCGAGAGUGCCAAGGAGAUGUGCAGGGUCCUUUCUGACGCCGGUUACUGGGCUGACUUUAUCGAUCCCUUAUCGGGCCAAGCUUUUCUCGGAGACCCGAACCCAAACACCACCCUCCUGGAGACGGACGAGAGGUUUCGCUCUCUGGGUUUCGAGAUUGAAGACUUGGGAUGCUGCAAGUGCAUCCGGCACUCGGAGUGGGGCACGCACACGUUCGUGGGGACCAUCUUCACCAGUGCACCGCCAGACAGCAAGCUCAUUUCCAGCAUUUUAAAGAACUGAAAUAAAACAACAAUAUACAUGGACGUCAAUUUUAUCUCCCUGGGUAUUUUUUUUGCGUAAGAAGUUUCCCUGCUAUCCCUAGUCAGAGUAUUAUGAUGAGCAUAUUAGUUGGUUCUCAAUUUCGUUUAGUUUAAUUAGGUAAUAUUCAACAUUUGCUUGUGCUAUAUGUUCAGAAAUGGAUGGAUUUGGGGGUUAGUAUUUUAUAGUAAAUAUUGUUUACACUAUUCUGUUUAAAGUGUUUUGUUCAUAGAUGCUAGAAAAACCAAGAAAACAAAUGCUGUUGUUGAAGUCUGGUUUUCCUGACCCUACUUCAGAC